UCUGUGAGCCGUGGCUUUAUGGUUCUUGAUACGAUCAGCUACUCAGGAACACUGACACACGACAGGCUCAGAGUUGGGUAUGCAAAGAUGUAUGUAUAUCUUGCAAGCUUGAUAUAUAAUUUCCCCACUUACCUAUAUAGCGUCUACCUCUAUCGUGUACAACGGUCAAUUUGCACCAUCUUAAUCCAUUGAAGAGGCUAGUAACGUAUUUAGGACCGAAGGAUGGACGCAGCUGGCUUCUUCAAAGGGGAUACAAUGAUGGAAGUCUUCACGGUUCUGGCCAAUUCUGGAACAGAUGUCAAGACAGUCCGGGACGCAGUGAUAUUAUACAUUGCGCGGAAAAAGCAAAAGGGUCGGUCUGAACAACAUAUUCAAGAUAAAUUACUACAACUAGAGGACAAGUUCAAGCACAUCGAGAUGUGGCAUCCAGCAUUCCGAGAUGCGCGAGCAUUAUUCCAGCUUCCCAAGUCCAAACAUAUCCCACUUCCUAAGUCCGCUAUCCAUAAACAACAUGAAUCCAAGCUGCUUCAUCCAAUAGACAUGGGUUCAGUCCCCCCCUCUCUCAAGUCACCUGCGUCACCAUCCCAUGGCUCGCCAACCCCUAGUAGCUGGGAUGCAUCGCUGCCGAGAUUACAGGACCUACCAUACGCAUUGUUGUAGCAGUAGCUCAGUGGACGUGCGAAGUCAACUAACGUGUA